AAUAAAUAUAUGUAUAACUUAUGUGGAUCCUUGCUUGACAGAUGGUACAAUGUUAAAUUUAACUUAACUUCAUACAUUUAUGACAUAGAUAAAUAGCUAAGAUAAAAUGAUAAAGUCAUUUAUAUUUUGAACGAAACGAUAAAAAACGAUGUCAGCAUAGAAGUAAGAUAUCCGUUAUUUAUUUUAAGUAAAGAAUAGAAAAAUUGAAAAAUAUUUGUUCCUAGAUAAUUUGGUUUUCUUAUCGGAAAAAAAUUACAUAGUUCUAAAGUUUAUAUUUUACUUAUUUAUGAAGUCAGUUCACUCACUUCGGAUACUGGUUGGGGGUGUAUGAUUAGAGUUGCUUAAAUGGCCCUAGCUCAAGUUAUCAGACAUUAUCAUUCUUUCACUUAGCCAGAAUAAUUAAUAGUUCUAAUUAGACAUUUCUUAGAUAAUGAUGAUGAUGAAUUGACCAAUUUCAUUGAGUAAGAUCAAAAGAAGCAGGUCCAAUAUUAUCAUGCUCCAUUUUCUAUUCAAAAGAUUGUUUAUCAUGCAAAAAUUGAAUUUAAGAAGAAGCCCGGAGAUUGGUAUAAACCAAAUGAAAUACUUGAAACUUUAUACUACUUGUUCAAAUACUCCUAAUGUAAAUUCAAUUUUCAUAAUAAGACUCUUUAAAUAUGUAAAUCUAUAUCAAUUAUUAAUGUGCCUUUAUUCUAUAGGAUGCAAUACAACAAAUGUUUAAUUAUGAUAAAGGUAAUUAAGAAUGGUUAAAAGAAUGUAUUACAAACAACAAUCAAUUAAUUUCAUAACAUGAUAAAGGAAUUGCUAUCUUUAUUCCUGCUCGAAUUGGCCUCCAAAAGGUUGAUAAGGAAUAUUUGGAGGUCUUGAAUCAUCUAAUGACUUUGCCUUACUUUUAAGGAAUUAUUGGUGGAGUUACGAAUAGAGCCUUUUACAUUGUAGGAAGAAUUCAUGAUUAUCUCAUAUAUUUAGAUCCUCAUUUUGUUCAAAACGCUUAGAAUUUUGAAGAUCUUUCUAAAAGCCAAACUUCUUAUACUUGUUAAAAUGUUUAAUUAAUACACAAUUAAAGUAUUGAUCCAUCAAUCGUUGUCUGUCUAUGUAUUCGAAAUGGACUUGAAUUGUUGAAUUUUUGGCAUUCUGUAUGUUUCUUUAUUAUUAACUAGUUAAAUCAUUUGAAAUAAGAAUUCUAAGAAUAUUUUUUUAUUUCACUUUUGGAAACAAAUGCUGAAUUACAAAUGUUUGAAUCCUUUCAAUUUUAAGAUGAAAAUCAUGAAUUAGUAAAUAUUCUAAAAUGAAAAUUACAUACUUUUAUUUAAAUAAAUAUCUAUUUUAUCAAUGUCAAGAUAACAAAACAUAUAAAAAUAACCUCCCCCUUAGCCAGCCAAAGGUAACUAACCGUAACGAAAUCCCCAACCUCAUCAACCCCCUAAAUAAAAAGAAUUGAAUGCUGAAGAUUAUGCCAAACCUCCUCAUUUGACAAAGGAAGAAGUCUUGGAAGUUAAGGUAUAAUCGUGGUUUAAUUUUAAGUAAGCCUUUGAUAUUUUCGACGGUGAUGGGUCAGGAGCAAUCGAUCCAUAAGAAUUGAGAGAAGCCUUUGAAGCAUCUGGAAUCAAAACAUAUCAUAAUAAAUUUAUUUAUUAAGUGCUGGGAGAGUUAGAUACUGACAAUUCUGGAGGAAUUGAUUUUGAAGAAUUUUUACAUCUAGCAACAGCAAAAGUAAGUGAUAAAGAUACACGAGAAUAAAUUCAUAAGGUGUUCAAUUUGUAUGACUGGAACAAAGAAGGUAAAGUAUAUAUUCUCUAUCAAAGGUCGAAUUACUUGGGAUGAACUCAAAAGAGUAGCUUAAGAUUUAGGAGAAGAAAUGACAGAUGAAGAAAUUUAACAUAUGUUUAAGAAAGUAUUAUUAUUCAUCAUAAUCUAGGCUGAUUUGGAUGACGAUGGAUUUGUAACAUUUGAUGACUUUUAUAAUCUGAUGACCUAAAAGGAAUACGGAAAGUAAUGAGAUUUUACAUUAUAAAUGAAAUUAUUAAUUAUUCAAG